UUGUUUUCUGCACUGCAUGUACCCUAGUCAAGAGGGGCUGAGCAAGUGGAGUCCUACAGAUCAUGUUGAGUGGAGCGCUGCUGCAGCCCCAAGCCCUGUGCUCGGAAACAUUCCUUCCAGCGAUGGGAUGCCAGGGGGUCCGAUCCCUCCAGGGUUCUUCCAGGGACCUCCUGGCUCUCAGCCCUCGCCGCAUUCACAACCUCCACCUCACAACCCUAACAUGAUGGGACCCCACAGCCAGCCUUUUAUGUCACCACGAUAUGCUGGGGGCCCAAGACCCCCCAUCAGAAUGGGAAACCAGCCCCCAGGAGGCGUCCCUGGUGCUCAGCCACUGCUGCCCAACACAAUGGACCCCACACGGCAACAAGGGCAUCCUAACAUGGGAGGACCAAUGCAGAGAAUGAAUCCACCAAGAGGAAUGGGCCCGAUGGGACCUGGACCCCAGUCUGAUCCUUGGUUAUCAUUGCAGAACUAUGGCGGCGGAAUGAGACCUCCACCCAAUUCAAUAGGCCCUGGCAUGCCUGGAAUUAACAUGGGUCCAGGGGCCGGCAGACCAUGGCCCAAUCCUAACAAUGCAAAUUCAAUCCCAUAUUCUUCUUCAUCACCAGGUGCCUACGUGGUGAGUGUGUUUAUUUUGCAUUAACAGAAUGUGCUAUUCUCCAGGCAGUGAGUCAAAAUAUCCUCUGCUGUGGGAAGUGACUUUAUCCUAUUGGGGGAAACUACUUGCCUGUCUGCUACUGCUGGAGGAAAAUGAGUGGCAGAGUUCCAGUUUGUUACAGUAUCCCAGAAACCAACACUACAAAGGAAAAAACACCACCCUUUAACCCUUUUACCUCUGGAAUACUUGAACUCUGAAAUGCAACUACUUUAUCCCAGUAAUCUAUUACAAAAACGGUGCUCCUGUUGUAUUUAUGUUGUUGCUGCUUAUUUCAGGACAGAGUGGUGAAAGAACCGGAGGCUAUGGGGUUAAAAUGCUUUUCCUGCAUCAUUGCAGUUUUUUAGUCACCAGUACA